AGUUUUGUUACCCAGAGGUGUUACAAAUCCCCAACACCUCCCCUCUCAGCCUAGUGCUGUUUAUGCGUAAGAGGACUCUCUCUUCUCCCGUAGAGCACCGGUAGGUGUACCUUUCCUCUGAUGGAGUUUGACCAUCUUGGUUGGUAUAAAACGUCGUACGAUUCUCCGUGGAAUCAAUUGAGUAGUUCGUGAUUGGGGUCGGUGCGAGGGAGAUGAGGCGGGGCGAGAGUCCUCAUUUUUCUAAGCCCCAAAUCGCGAUUCUUCAUUCAGAAGUGGGAUCACAAGUGCCGGGGUGAUCCACAGAAGGGGUAGUGCGUCGAAAACCCCGUGAAAAUCGAGUGAAAAUUGUGAAAUUCGCGAGUGAAAAAAUGAUCGAAAAAAAAGUGACGUUUUCCAACAUGGCGGCCGUGGGGCGUCUUGAAAAAACGCAUAUUUCGCGAGAAAACAGUGAAAUUGGGGGCUGCCAAUGGUUGUGAACUUUAGUAAAUGUGUGGGGGCAGCCACCCAAGUUGCGGAAGUGUCAGAAUUAGUGGAAUUUUCCAUGAAAAUUAGAUAUUGCGUCUUCUUUUAGAAAAGAAGGACGCUGCGCAUAAAAAAAAGACAAAGAAAUGCGUGAAAAGCCCGGGAAUGGGGCCGCAAGUGCAGUGAGAGUGCGUGCUGAGCUUGUGCAGCCGCGAAAAGUGUGAAAUUCCGGAAAAUGUCGCGAAAAUUGAGCAUGAUAUCAUCCUCCGGAAAGGAAUGACGCCGUGAGGGAAAAGACAAAGGAAAAGUACCGUGAGUGUGUGAAAAAGCCCUGAAAAUGGACUGGGAGGGCAGUGAAAGUGGUUGCAGAACAUGUGAGGGGCCCCAAAAGGAGGGAGGAGCCCCAGCUGACGCCAAAAGGAGCGUUCCGGAUCGUCAAAGGCGGCGGUAUCAUCAUCAUCAUUGUGGAUGUCAUCAUGAGGCCAACGGACACCGUGGAUGCCGUGAAGGAGCAACAAACGUAAAAAUGGGGCAACAGCAGCGGAGACAACGCAGGCCGUCAUUUUCAACGAGCUCCAAAUUGCAGUGCAGGAAUAGGGGAAAGGAGACAUCGGCGGACAAGGAUUUCUCGGAAAUCCCAACGUUGAUAAGUUUUUCAUAAAAUUUUUGAUUUUUUUGUGUGAAUGGGCGCCCAUGUGUGAAUGAGAAAUUGAAAAUUGAUGUAUUUUCAAGCCGCAUCCCAAAUAAAGAGACCCACUAACAUUAUGUACCCCAUUGCGGCGAGGGGAAAGAGAAGAUGGUCAUUUGUUUCAAGUUUUAAUUGCAGAAAGAAGCCGUGAACAAGAAGCAGCCGUAUCCCAGCAGAGUGACGUCAACACUGUGUGGAAGAAUGGAGCUCCAGCAGGUCAUCAGGAAGGCUGUCAACUGAAGGCGCGAGAUGAAGCUGCGAAGGAUGCUCAAGAUGAAAACCAUGGAAGUAAGGUGAUGCUGUGAAGCACAAUAUUGGCUGAUCUGGUGAGUCCGUUCCAAUUUGUUGUCUUAUGGGGAAAUAUUUAAGCAGUUAAAUGUGCACCAUCCAGAGCAGUGGAAAUUAUCUUGAGGUUUUGGGGCGAAAUAAUUGUUGAAGUUGUUCCAUGAGAUCUUUGCCCCAAAUAUAAUGAAAACAACAAAAUUUAUUUGAAGCGCCCUUUAUGAUUUGCAUAAGGUUUACUGGAAAUGUUUUUAGGUGAAAAUAUUUGGAGAUUAUGGGGUAAAACAGUUGGUAAUGUUACCCCAUGAAUCCAUUUGGCCCAAAAUAUAUUAAAACCAUCCUUUUCCUUUAUGUGAAAUGUUUCCAAAUAAAAUCAGAGGACAAAUGGGCCAUCAUUCCUUGAUAUGCUCUAAUGAGAAAUGAGCAAAAUAAUAAGUAGAGUGAUUGCAUGCAUCAAAGGUGGUUGAUGCAGUCAUUCUAAAGUAUUUGGCUGUCGGUAUUGAAAUUGAAUCAGAGGAAUGUCUUGUGGAAGUUUUGGUUAAAAUUCUCAUUCAUUAUUAUGGUUGGUUCUCUCCUUUGAAUGGGUUGGUUGUGUCUUCUCAAACAUUACCAAUGGUGUUUGGAUCUUUAAGGGAAGUGCUCAGUGAGGCAAUUAUUUUGAUAGUUCGGUAUCUGGAGGAUACGGGGCAUCAUUGUGGUGUGCAAGGAGAAUUUCAGGGAAGUUCAUUGGAGUUGGGAUGAUCGAGAAGCAAUAUUCAGUAGCAGCGGAGGCAAUGAUUUCCAGCAGCAGUAGUCACAUUGAUGGCCAGGCCAGCCAUAGAGUUGAUGUGAAGUUCGGUAGUCAUAGCCAUGGAAAUACAGAUCCAGAGAACACAACAAGUUGCAAAACAAAUUCUGGUGGUGAAGACAGUCAAUAAUUGUCCAGAUGAACAACGAGGAGAGUUCAGAUAGCUCAAUGGUAAGGAUAAAGGGAACAAAUGCACAAGAACGCAUAGGAAAAUGCUUCUGAGUAUAAGGUGUGCGAUGUAGAACAGCAAUGGUUGUGAUGUACAGCAGUUGUAACAGAGGGAAAGCUUAGCCAUAGCAAAAUACAGAGAAAACAUGUUGCAGCAUCAGGCACAAAUAAAUCCACUUCAAGGAAAACACUGUAUGGAUUCAAAAGGACAGCAGCCAAAAUAUGAAUUUAAUUCUCUAAAGAACACCCUCCAACAUUGUAGGUAAAUGUGAGACGAAGGAGGCAGCGAAAUGCGGAAAGUAAUGAAUACUCAGAUGAAGAAAAUCUGCAGCUGAAAUGAUCAUUGAAGAGAAGGAUUCAUAACUUCAGUGAUUGAGUUGUUCACAAUUGCGUUGAGUGUUAAGGUUCACUGUCGUGGUUUGAUAGAGGGGUUUGAAGCAAAGAGAUUGUUGUUUCAGGUGUUCCAGAUUUUGAAUUUGUAGAAUAAAGCAGGAUGAAAUAAAGAAAAGUAGUGGAGAAAUCUUUUACAGGUGUAGCAGCAGUGUUGAACAUCGUGGGAAGAAAUGAAGUUCACCGUAAAUGCAUAAUUCCUGAAAUGUUGCAGAUAGCGGAUUAAAUGGAAAACAAAGAUGUUGCAGUCAUUUGGUGGUGUUGUAGCAGUUGAACAUGGACAGCAGUGAAAUCAUCAGCAUCCAAGGACAACGAGGGAAACAUUGUAGGGGCAUAAACUGGAUCACAGAGUUAAUGGGAUGGUAGAUGAUGAAAAUCACCUGCUAUCUUGAUUAACGAGGACCACAGAGGUAUAAGAAGAAAAUACAGUGGAGUAACUUCCAUCUGUGUGACUAUUCUUUCACCUCAAAGUGGACAUUAUCCAGUCAACCACAGGAGGAACUUCAUCAGCAGCUGAGAAAAGGACUCAAAUCAUUGGGAAACACCACCAACGAGCACCCAAGUGUUAGGAUUGCUGAUACAACCACGGGCAGCAUCAAAUAAGGACACAGCUGGAGGAAUUGAGAUAAACUGGCAACAAUGGAAGAUGUAUGGAAAUGAAUCAAACGGAAAUGGUUGUUGGAUUCCGCAAUGUGAUGGAAAUCAGGAGCAUUGAUGUGGGUGUGAGCAAUAAUCACGAGCCACCCAUGGAUGCAGACAUUAGACAAUCAGAGAGCAGUGUUAAAGAAGAGAAAACUAAAGAUUCACAUGGAUGUGAAACUAGAUACGGAAUAAAACAAUGGAAGGAAAAGCCGAAAGCCUUUGCAACACACAGACUCAAGGAACAGAAGCUCCAAUGGCAAUGGACUAUAGUGAAGGAAGUGCAGAGACAGUUGGGCAGAGAAUGUUACAUGAUGCAGUAGCAUACGGUGGAUGAGGGACCAAAGAAUAGUUUGCAGACUGAAGGAGCAUCACAUCACACACAGAAGAACAUUCCGAAGGAAACACAGUAUGGCAGUCGUGCAGCAGGAAUGAACAAUUGGAGUAAUUAACACGACGGGCAGGAUAGAUCACCGUGGGUUGAUAUUGUUGUAUAAAGCAUCAAUUCUCAAGACACCCAGAAAGGGGUGUAUAUGAAGGGUUCACCUGAAGGUGUCCAGAUGUGUAGACAGGUAGCAGAAAAGGAUGUUCACUGAAUGGUAUAGAGUGUAAAGCACUUGAUUACGAAGUGUUAGUAGGAAUGAGUUGUUAGGAAGGGGUGAUUGGAUAAAGAGGCAUUUUGGGCGGUGAACGAACUCCAAUUGCAGGAAUAUGAAAUGUUGUAGAGUUUCGUUACAGAAUAUACAAUCAUCCAGCAGGCAGUAUAGUGCAGAGUUAGAGAAUUGUGUGCGUUGUGGCUUUGACACCCGCACACAUAACUCUCGUGAUCUCUGGACAUACUGUAGGGCUCGGGAAGCCCACUGAUAAAAGAGGCGAGUUAUGCAGUCAUCUAGAACAUCAAGGGGCGGAAUAAUUGCUACUAUAUGCCGGUGGGACCACCUGGCAGCUGCGUUUAACGAUGCCCUGGUCCAAACUUCCUCCCACAUCCUGUUAGUAUAUGGAGUGAUAUUCCCAACCCCCAUCGGUCCCGAAAGGGCAAAGUGAUCGAGAAAGACCAAAGGGGCCAGCAGCUGCAGAAUGAUGAUCGAGCCUUCAGAGAAGUCCUGGUUAGGCAGGUUAUAGCAGGGUUGCGGAAGCUAGCUCAACGAAUCUACCAGAACUUCAAAAGCAGAAUGAGCAGAUUCAGCAGAUCGAGGAAAAGAAAGGCAAAGGGCCUUGGGAUACCAUGGUAAUGGGCUUCCAUGGUUGGUAAGCGUGCACGCAAUUCUCCGAAGUCCCUGUCAGUUAGGCGGAAAAUAUUGAAAAUAUGCGGAAACGGCCAUUUAGAGUUAGUGCGGUAUUAAUUUGCGGAAUAAUAUAGGCGCGUAAACGGUCAAUUGCAGUAUUUAAAAUUUGGAAUUUUAUAUUAAAGGGGUUAAAACGGAAUUAAAUCAUGCGGUCGGUCAAAGAAAUGCAGUACGGCAUUGAGUAAAAGAUCAAUUGCGGAUAAAUAUUUGAAUUGCGGUUAUUUAAUGAAAAUUAGGUAAAUUGCUAGGAGAAGAGAGUAGGAGAUUAUUUGCGGAAAUUACAGCUAGGCUGACGUCCUCCUUCUAAUGAUAUUUCUUCUAAACCUUCGCCGAGGACGUCGAAACACAGGAAAGGCCGAGUGUAGUUUUGUUACCCAGAGGUGUUACAAAUCCCCAACACCUCCCCUCUCAGCCUAGUGCUGUUUAUGCGUAAGAGGACUCUCUCUUCUCCCGUAGAGCACCGGUAGGUGUACCUUUCCUCUGAUGGAGUUUGACCAUCUUGGUUGGUAUAAAACGUCGUACGAUUCUCCGUGGAAUCAAUUGAGUAGUUCGUGAUUGGGGUCGGUGCGAGGGAGAUGAGGCGGGGCGAGAGUCCUCAUUUUUCUAAGCCCCAAAUCGCGAUUCUUCACUUUUAGUGCUUCAAGAUUAUUUGCAAAUAUUACACUGUUAGGUGAUAUAAAGCAAUGUGUCGAAGUUAUUCGAUUCGGAUAUGCUGAGAGAGGAAGUAUUAGGGUGUAAAAAAGGAGGGUAAAAAAAACCUCAAUGAUAUUCACACAUGAAUAGCUCUAUUCCGUGUCGUGAGGAGAUUGAUUGUAAAAUUGUGGUCACGUCGGAUGUUUUUCUUUAUUCAUCUCAACUUUUUUUUGUCCAGCUCUUGAUCUAUAUAUACGCAUCAACCUGAUUAUUUUGCUCAUAGAAAACGUAUAUAAUGGAUGGAGUGGAAAAAAAUUAGAUUUUCUGCUUUUCUCUUCUCAUUCCUUCCGGAAAACUCAUCGCCUGUCCGAUAUUUAACACACACAAUGUAAAGGUGCAGGGAAUGGAAAAUUUGAGGAAAGUCCAGAAUGGGUAGUUUGCCGAAUUUGAAUGAUCUCUACCGCGAAAAGGAGGAGAAAAAGGCACGUGAAAAGGAACGAGAGAUGGCCAGAGAAUUAGCAAGAGAAAGAGAUUUUUCUAGAGAUAGAGACAAAGAUCGUCUUCCUAUUUUCACUCAACAGGCACAGCUUCCGAAGCAGUCCCAUAGACAUUCAUUAACCAGUAGACGAGUCUUGCGAACACGAAGCUCAGGUGCAACUUAUCACAUUUGGGAUGAUCCCAUGAUUGAGCACAUGACUGCCUAUUCACCCAUCUCGUCCCGGAGUCAUCGAGUUGGGCCACAAAAUCAACCACCUCUCGGUGGCCUCGGGGGCCUCGUGAACCCUCGACCCCGCCGGGAAUCCAUCAACAGCUCAAUCGGAGCCAAUUCAGUGCGACGCCUCCUGACCGUGAAUCGUGGGUGUCGCCAUAAGAUCCCAGUUCACGUUCGUGCCAAAGUAAUAAAGAAUUUUAUAUUACUAGUUAUCGCUCAUGGAUUAACUACAGCUGCCUUAGUGCCUCUUAUCGGAUUACAGGGAUCCAGCUCAGCGUGGUUUGAGCAGAAUUCAUGGAUCUAUUUUGGACCAGACAUUGGGUCCAUUCUGCUUAGUUUGAGCUUUUUCAUAACAGCCGGCAUGUGCUUGCUGGCCACGCGCCUCAUUCGCAGACUAGGAUAUUAUAUUGUGAUCCUUAUAAGCUAUUCUGGGCUGUGCAUCUACCUAGUCACGCACUUCUUUCCAUCCAUCUAUAUCCUACUACCAGGAUAUGUGGUCCUCGGAAUCACCUUGGGCCCUGCCUGGGUAGGAAAACAAAGUCUGGUGGUGUCAAUGGCGGGAAAGCUCAGCUGUGGACAGCAUGAAUGUUACUCCGGCGAUGCUUAUGAUUCGGAUCAUCGGAAUGUAUGCAGCCGAGAAGAGAAUGUUCGAAGACUAGCAAGAUGGUAUCAUGCUGCUCAAGAUCUCGGUAUUAUUUUUGGAGCACUCCUGGCAUCAACUAUCCUCUCGUGCGUCUCGAAAAAUGCAACAGGAUGCCUCAGCAGGGGUGCAAACAUCACAAACUCUUUUGCACAAUCACGACACAGCAGCAACAUGGAAUUAAUAGGAAUUCGAGUUAUAAAUUUCACAAGUACCCCAGACCCAAAUGACUCUUAUCAAGUAACACCAGCUGGGAAUAGCAGCGACAUGCCAAAAGUUGCAGAAAUACCCUCAGAUGGCUUCCUUGACAAUUUCUUCUAUACAAAUGAGCACGGUGAGAGAAUUUGUGGAGCAGAUUUGUGCCCGGUGUGGUUGAAACCGACACAAUUUGGUAAUGCAACGGAAAUCCUCGGUGACUCAUUUGAAUUGCACAUCGGUACAAAAACUAUCAUCGGUGUCUUCCUGGGCAUAUCCCUCGUUGCCUUGGCACUCAGCUCAAUGUCGGGGCGUAUCGACAGCAAUUUGCGCCCUGAACCUAUCCGUGGCAUGUCCGACACCCUCAUUUUUGCCGGCCCAAUGGCCUAUUUUAUUGGUACCGAACAGGGCUACAUCCUCUCGGAUUAUAUGAAGGCAUUCGUAUCGUGUUCCUUGGGACCGCACAUGGUGGCAGGAGCUCUGGUAGGAAUGGGAAUAAUGCAAUCAAUUGCUUCCUGCACCCUUAGCAUGUUGCUACGCCAUACAAAGCGAAUUGUUGUCAUUGUUGCGGGAUUCUUCUUCCAUGCCUGCCUGUUGCUGGUGCUGUCGCAGUGGAAACCAUCCAGUGACGACAGUGCCCUAUUCUACGUCAUCACAGCUGCCUGGGGGGUUUGCAAUGCCGUCUGGGAAACCCUAAUAUUCGCUCUGAUAUCCCUCACCCACACAAAUCACAUGGCUGAAGUUUCUUCACCACUCCAAGCACUUCGAUUUCUCGGUUUGGGUAUCACUUUUGCCGCCCAUGGGUUCCUCUGUGAGAAUCCCAAGAUACUCAUCCUCUCUGUUCUCUUGGUGGUCUGUGUGCCACCGUAUGCGAUGCUGGAGAUGCGCCUUGAGGCACAGCGAAAGUCUCAAGCACCUCAAUCAUGACGCUAGCCCUCAGCUAGGAGUUCAUCGGCGCCCUCCCUCCUACAAUUGCCUCCUGGGAAAGUGCGCAAACUACGCGAUAGAUCCACAUUCGCCCGUCUCUGUAUCUCACCUUCUCUUGCUCUGUACUACUACUAUAAUUCCUUCAAUAUGAGAUAGAAAUGUGCUAAUUAAGAAAUUCCCGGUGUGAUUUGAAAUUGCUCACAAGAAAAUGUUUCCUCCCACACGGGAUGUUCCAAUACAAUUCUUAUAAUCAAAUUUAGUUAAUAUUUUUUCAGUUUUUAACUAGAAAAAAAAAGAAAUAUAGUGAGUAUACCUAUAGUGAUAUUUUGAUAGAGCUAAGCAUCAAAGUUUACUCAAUGAAAAGAGAAUUAAAAUUCUUUUUUAUAUCUUCUGUUGAUUUAAGAAAUUCUGAAUUCAAAAAUAUAUUUUUUAACCAUUUUACAAAGAUUUAUAAAAAUUUUCUUUUAAAGAGUUUAUGUUAAAAAUCAAAAGAAAAAAAUCAAACAAAUUAAUUUGCGAAAAAUAUUCCCAGAAAAAAUAUAUAAUUUUAUUAAUAAAUAAAAACCACUUGAACACCCCUUGAAAAAAAGUAUCCAUAAAACAUAAAAAUAACUAAGGAAAAAUUUAAAAAAAAAGUUUAAUUUACAACAUGCCUAGCUAUAUAGAUAUUGUGUAAUAUAUGGAAUGUAACCCCAAUUAAAAAUUAAAAAUUACAUAAAUAAAUUCAUCCGAUUUCAGUGAAUUUAAAAUUCAAAACUAUCCCUUUCAUUAACUUUUCUCUCUCAUCAUAGUUAUUUUAGCUCAUUUUCCAAUGUAUUUAUGAGUUAUUUCUACCACACCAUGACAUGGCAAGAAUAUUAGCAAUAAAUUAUUAAAAUCUGUACCAGAGCUACUGUAAAGAUCUUAAAUUAACUCUAUAUUUUAAUACCUACCUUAUAAACUAUGUAAUAUAUAAAUUAACUAUAUUAGUUCUUCACCUUGUGACUUCACUGAAAUUUUGUGAAUUUUUCCCAGUGGAAUUUCGCGCAUAAAAUUUACUGAUAUUUCAAAUUCAAGGUUCUCUCACAGGCCCUCCCAUGAAUAAUAUUAGAUGUGAUAUAAUGAAAAAUUUCCCCAUGUUGUUGUCAAGGUAUAGGGAAUUCUUGAUUGUUAAAUGAUAUGUAAUAAAUGGAUACUAUAAAAGAAGAUGAAUGCAAAAUGUUAUGGCUGCAAAAAUGAACGCUAAUUCUAUCAAAAGUUCAUAGUUAACAAAUAUUUUUAUAACGAAUAAAAAAAAAAUGAUUAUCGGAGAAAUUCAUUUAGAGAUUUUCAAAAUUUGAAUAAGAAUUUCACUUUUGCCCAUGCUCAAUCCAUAACGAUAAAUUGCUGCAAGGGAAUUUCAUGAGAAGAAUUUUAUUAAAAUUGUAUAAAAUAGUAAAUCAAAAAUUUCAAAAGUAUUAUUUUAUACUACAUAUCAAAAAAAUAUUGCUAUAAAGAUUCUCAAUUAUAUAAUAAUGUGAAUAAGAAAAGUUUAGAAAUCAUACCUACUAAUUGUGGAUAAAAUGUAAAUUACUGUAUUAUAAAAAUAUUCGAAGUGGAUUUUGUGUGAAAAAAAAAGAAAAACAAAUAAGAAAAAAUGCCAAGAGUUGUUAACAGAAACAUUAUAUUGUACCUAGCUGAAUGAGGAAUAAUAAAAGCAUACAUAUAUUACAAAAAAAAA